AUGCCCAACGUGACGAUCAUCAACGACACGCAGGUGCCGCUCAACAUCUGCCUCAAGCAGGUGUCGCCGCUGCACUAUGCCAACUCGGUGCAGCCCAACGGUGGCCGUGCCACCAUGCAUACCGGUCGUGUCUGGUUCACCAUCCAGGCGCGCAUCGACCGUGGCGACAAUGGCUACGACAAAUUCCAGACCUAUGCGCCCAUCGCUGCUGUAACGAUCGGUGCGCUCUCGCUCGGUGCGGGUGCGAUCUACUUUGCAGGCGCCAGCGCGGCAGCAGGCGGCACGGCGGCAGCCAUCUCGGCGGUGGCAGCGCGCGUCUCGGCGACCGUGGCAACGCACACACCCACGGUGAAGCGGCUGCUCAAGUACGCGUCCAAGGGACAGACGGUGGCAAAGGUCGGACAGAUCGUGGGCAUUGGAGGCGGUGCACUCGCAGGUGCCAAGGGCGCGAAUGGAAAGACCAAGCCUGUCGAGCAGCAGCUCAAGGACAAGGCGGCAACGGCUUCCAAGUCGGCGCUGCAGAAGCUGCUGCAGGGCAGUGUGCUCAGCUCAUCAGGAUGGUACAUCGACCGCGACCGCACCAUCCGCAUCACGGGCGGGCCCAAGGCCUCAAUGGCAGACGGACUGCUCGUCAUCGAAACCGACACCACCGUCCCCUUUGCCCUCGUCGACGAGACCGGCAAGACCAUCGCCAUAGGCAACCAGGACGGCGCAGACCCCGUUCCCGCCUCCAGCACCGCGGACGAUGCACUCGACGACACCGAGGACGCAGCCAGGCUCAACCCUACCCCGGGAAACUCGGUCGCCAUGGGCAUCGGGUCUGCAACCGCAGCAGCCGCCGGGCCAGGAGGCGCACCGGUCCUGCAGGCCGAAGGCAGACAGCAGGAGAAGAAGAAAGAUGGCUUCUGGAUGCGCACACUCAAAGGCGACGAUGGCUUCUGGUAG